AUGGCUACAGCAAAUCCUCCACCGGGCGCGCUCUCGGUGGAGCACCACAAUGGCGCCGACCCCUUCCUCGCCGCACCGCACGACGCCCACCGGCAGCGAUACUCGGCCUUCGACAACUCGCAAUUCUCGCUGUACUUGAACGGAUCCCCCCUACAGGCCAAACGCGCUCUACAGGCCCACUUGGCAGAGACGACGCGCAGACUGCAGGAGACGUCGCAUCUGGGGAGCGCGCUUGUUCAGCAGAGAAAGGAGCUAGAGGACAAGCUGCACGAGGUCGAGCAGCAGCAGCCAGACAACGACAUCGGGCCAGAGCUGCGCCAGAGGCUGGCCGAGCUAGAAAAGGAGUUCAACGAGGUUGGAAGGGAGACGGCUCGCGCCUUCCUCCCCAAGUCUCGCGUACCCAGUGGCGAGACGGAUCCCACUGCCGGUGGCUCCAUCUACUCCAGCGACGCCAUCCAGUCACCCACCAAAGUGAGCGUUCCGUCGCGGAAGCAGAGGAACCAGCAGCCCAGCCGCAUCAAUGACAUCGCCCUGGCCACCGAAAUCUCCACCUCUUUGCUUUCCCAGCUCAAGGACCUCCAGGCCGUCCUCCUCGAGAAGGAUGACGCCCUCAAGGCGGCUGAUCUGGACCGAUCGCAGCUCGAAAUUGAGGUCGAAGGCUUGUCGCAACGUCUGAGAACAUUGGACGAAAGCGAAUCGCGACUCAAGGACGUCAACUGGAAUCUUGAGACACAGGUUCGCGAGUCGGAAACACAGUUCAAGUCGGCCGCAGACAAGGAGCGAAGCCUUAAUCAUGCCUUGGAUCUCGCACGUACCGAGAGGUCCACUUUGGAGAAGGAGUUGGAAGAUUUGAAGCAGAUGUAUACCAAGCUCAACGACGAUCACAUCAACAAGACCAAGCAGCACGAGACGGAGCUCUCUAGUCUGCGGCGAGUCGCGGCCAUGACGGAGACGGAAAAAGGUGCAAUGCAGCGCAAGGUCGAAGAGCUCAUGACAAAGAAUCAAGAGCUGGCUCAAGCUGUCGCUUACCGCGCAAGAUCAGAGCAUCGUGGCCGAUCUGACAGAUCGUCUGAUGACGACCGUGGUGUCAGGCAGCAAUCUCAAACGCCUGAACACUCGCCUGAACCGUCUCCAAGCAAGGCCACUCCGCGCCACGGUAUGCUCGAAUCGGAAACACUCAAACAUUCGCUUCAACACGCCCACCGCAUGAUUCAGCAACUCAAGAACAAUAUCCAUCGCGAAAAGACCGAAAAGAUCGAACUGAAGCGCAUGCUCCAAGACGCUCGUGAUGAAGUAGACGCUACCCGCGCUCAAGUUGGACCUGGUAGCGCAAGCAAGCGAAGGAAGAGCGACAAGGAUGCUUUCAAGAAACCCGCUCGACCAGAUCGUCUUGGGGCCUUGCGCAACGUGUCGCACGAGAUUGUAGAAGACGACGAGUGGGAAGAGCAAGAGGCCGUGCCCGACACCCCAAGUCGGCCACCGCACCCAUCCAACUCUGUACCGGGCUCCUUUCCAAAUGCACUCAGCUCCGUCGCGGGAACGAGCGCAUACGAAAACCUCGACACUGCCAACGAAACCUCAGAUGCUGCUUUCGAGACUGCCAACGAACGCGACGGUAUGGCAACUGAGUCCGACGCAUUCCAAACCGGAGCCGAGACCCUCGACGGAGACAGCAGCGACCAGCUGACUGAGACCGAGGCCGGCCCUUCCAACUCUGCUGCCCGGCGUAGUCGACCCUCAAUCUCACAAGCUGGUCGCAUCAAUUCCUACCGCAGUACUGCUUCUGCCUCUGGCGAUGAAUACGAUUCCGAUUUCAGGACUCCUCUUCACCACAAGACUUCGCGCUUUACGUUAAGAGCUAGAGACAGCAGUUCGCGGAGAUCGACGCCGAGAGGGUUAGAUUUCUUUGCAGGUACGCCCCCAGCGUCAAGAGACUCGCCCGCGGGCUACGUCAGCAGCAGCAACGAGAACACUCCCGCCCAAGGCAAGAGUCUAUUGGCAGAACUCAACGACCUGAGUGGCGAUGACGAUGAUGCUAGUUCCAUCGAGGGAUCACCAAGUCGAUCCAGUGUCGUAUACUCAAGCCAUGCCACGCCAGAUCCACUAAGAAAGGCUGUUCUCGGAAGGUCGCUUCUUCAACCCGAUGCUCCCAGGCCAACUAUGGUUGAUUCGGGCACGAUGACCGAACAGGAUGCCCCCGAGCCUAUUUCCAUAUCCUCUAUAUCGAGUCAGAACACAGAACCGCACAAGCCCGCGAGCUUUGCCUCGUCAAAAUCUCGACGUCUCCAUGGUCACCUCACAAGACAGUGA